AUGCUCACUCCUCCUCCUGGCCCCUCCCACCACAUGCUCACUCCUCCCCCUGGCCCCUCCCACCACAUGCUCACUCCUCCCCCUGGCCCCUCCCACCACAUGCUCACUCCUCCCCCUGGCCCCUCCCACCACAUGCUCACUCCUCCUCCUGGCCCCUCCCACCACAUGCUCACUCCUCCCCCUGGCCCCUCCCACCACAUGCUCACUCCUCCCCCUGGCUCCUCCCACCUCAUGUUCACUCCCCUCCCUAGCCCCUCCCACCACAUGCUUACUUCUCCCCUGGCUCCUCCCACCACACACUGA